GGAAGGUGCAUGGUUUGUGGUGCAGUGAGCAGGGGUCUGUUUGUCAGAGUCCCAGCUCCUUCACUUACAGUGCUUUGCCCAUCCUUCAGGCUUGACAGCAGGUGACACAGUCUGGUAAAGAGACCAGGGCAGGACUGAUUGGGCAAACAUAUGAAACAGGGUGGCAAACGUGUGUGUGUGUACAGAGUGAAGGCCUACAGUUGUGCACAAUCACUCAUGCAUGUGCACAUGGAAGGAUUUCUUAACAGGCCUACUGUGCACAGGCCCAGAGGCCCAAAGAGUCAGGGGCCCCGUGUUUGAAGUUACUGUUAACAUGUCGUGUUGGAAAGUCAAUAAAAGGCUGUAAAGAGACUUAAAAUGACUACAAAGAUACACGGCUGCAUCUUUUGUAGUCGUUUUGUGUGUCUUUCAGUCUUGCUGUCUUGUCUUUCUAUGUAGAAGGGGUGGGGGGCUGUGCCCAGGGGCCCAUUGUCUCAUAAUCCGUCCGUGUAUGCGUGCUUGCGCUGUCUGUGUGCGCGCCUACAAGUGAAAUAUAGUGAAACACUCGACAUUUAUGAGUAAACACUGAAGGACGGAUGCCACUCGCCGGAUUCUUCCACUGGAACACUUUACCAGAAACGCUCCAUGACCGUCCUUUAUGACAAUCACUCCCCUCCCUCCUCCCAGCGCAGGAACAAAAAGACAUCUGAGCUAUGUGGAUGGGGAAGAAUAAUCACAGCACUUUGCACAGCGGCCACCGCGCUCCGGUUUCACAAAGUCUCUGAGCGGCGCGCUGUGUUUACGCAUAGCCUCCAGUCCUGCGAGGCAUUGUCGACAUUGUUUAGUAGCUGUGUAGUAGACUCCUGAGAAGACACCGGAGCGGCACAGUCUCUGAUAACUGGAUACCUGAGUCCAAAGUAAGAGAGUUCGUUUUUUUUUUUUUUUAAAGAGAAGCGCUUACUUGGAGACGCGGACUGUAGCUGCGUAAAGGCGUGACGCAUGGACUUUUUAUAUUUAUAAAGAUAUUUUGACCGACAGCGCAGCGUUUUCCAGUUUGAAGUUCACAUUCAAAUCAGCGUAAGACCCGCUGACACGUAAAAGAAGAAGAAAACAAGACUUCCCUGCGAUUUCGUCCUAAAUUAGAGCGUUUCUCCUUGGACGUUUUGAUACUGUACCGACCUUGACUUCACUUUAAAAAGACGACAGAACAUGUUGUGAGAAAUUUUCUGCGGUGUUAUUUUCUCAUUAACCAUACAAGCUGUUUGGAGGCAAGACUGAACAGGUUACUGGAGGGUGCUGAGACUCUGCAAGAAGCCGUGUCAGGAGACCGGCCAGAGAAAAGGGAUCUUGGCCGCGUAAAAAACGAGGAGGAGGCGCCUCUCGCGUUGAAGCAGAACCGCUUUAGAUGGAUUCUUCAUGUUUGCUUCAGCCACAGUGGAGACAGUCUGCUCUGAACACUUGCAAGCCGUGACAAUAAGGCGUAAAACAUGACACAUCGCAGCGUAUGGAUUGCAAACAACAUGAGCUGCACCCAGCGUGGAAGAAGCGGCUCUCCUGUCCUCUCCCGUGCGCGCUUGGAGCAGAAUGCGCACAGGACAGCCGGUGGGACCAGAUGGAGGGUUUGGAGGAAGGAUAGACAGGAGAUCACUUAUGUAAUAUCAGCAAAGGCCAAGGUGCUGCUGUGGGUGCUCUUCUCUCUGCUGCCUCUAGUAGAAGGAGCUCAUAUGAAAACUGGUGCUGCUGGUGUGGGAUCAGACUCAGGCCACACUGUGGGCGUGCUGGGAGGCCAGGAGGAGCGAGAGCUUCCUGUGACGCUGCCAGAGGUGAUGGAGGACGAGGAGCAGGAAGACGACAGUGACCCUUACUCUACUUGGCAUACUCUAUAUGACCCCUUUGUAAUAGAUGAGGUGGAUGACCAUCCCAGUAGUCGCUGGGCGGGGCGCUCUCCACGCUCCUCUGACCCCUCAGAACCUCAACCAGAGGGAUCACCAAAGAAAAAGAAAAAGAGGAAGAAGAAAGAAAACGUUGAAGAGACGGGAAACAGACAUAGAAAGGGUAAAGGUAGAAACAGGCAGCCAAAGCAGAGCAGCAGGGACUGCCGUGUGGAGAAGAAAGAGAUGAGGGUUCGGGACCUGGGCCUGGGGUUUGACUCGGAUGAGAUUGUCCUCUUCAAGUUUUGUGUGGGCUCCUGCCAGUCUUCAAGGACAAACUACGACCUGGCACUGAAGGCGCUGCUGGAGAACGGCUCGCUGCCCCGGCGCACCGCCCGCAAGGUCAGCAGCCACCCUUGCUGCCGGCCCGACCGGUACGAGCCGGUUUCCUUCAUGGACGCCCAGACCACAUGGAGGACCAUCCAGUCCUUAUCGGCCGCCAGCUGCAUGUGUAUGGGCUGAAGAAAUGAACAAAGGAGAAGGUGAUGAGGAGGGGGUGUCACCCAUCCUGAACAGAGAAGAGUCAAGAGGUUCAGGGAGGGUGUAGUGUGAGGAAGGUCUGGGUACAGGGGAGGCGCCAGAGGGGGGCGCUGUAACACACACACUGCAGAGGAAGAGGUGGAGGCCACUUUUGGAUGGAGGUCAAAAUCAGAGACUGAGGGGGAACUCAUCAGGGAUUCACAGUGUGGAUUUAUUGUUGCAUCUUCAAAGAGUGAAUUGUUUUCAACUGAAUAAUGGGUAACUGAUGCAGGAUACUGCAGACCAGUUAUUACACUGCUAUAUUAUCACAUAAAAGAGACUCUAUAUGUGAACAUGACUGUUGUGAUUUUAUAUGGGCGAGACCUGAAGGCUGAAGCUCAAGAGAUAUCAAGAGAAGACACAUUUACACACUAACGCUGUGUUUAUAUUCUGAUUCAGACUGAAACAAAGACUGAUAUGAUGUUCACUAUUACUCACAGUGAAGACAGCUACUCCCAAAAGCAACAUCAUUUUUUUCACAUAAAAACAGGCAUUACAUUUUAUCAUUUCUAUGUUCAGGUGAACUCAGCCAAAUGGAUGCCAUGCAUCUUCAUGUAUUACUGUAUAAAAGUAAAAUAUAUUUAUUUCUGAUAAAUUAUUUAUUUAUUAUAGCUUGAUAUGAGAGCUGUUUUAUUAACUCUAUAUGUAGAUAAAUAUCUAUUUAUUGCCAAGAUUCAGAUUUCAUGUUGACAGUUACUUCUGCUCGCAUACAAUAUGUACAUUUUUUAAAUUUUAUUUUAAAGGUGCUGAUUUUCACAUUUAUGCAACGCCUCGUAAACCUGGGCUGGACAGUUGAUUCUGGGCAGAAUUAGAUUGGAUACAAUAAACAUUUCUGAACUUAGUUGAGUGAUUUUAUAUUAAAAAAAACACUAUCCAAAAGCUCACAUUAUCUCUUACAUUUCAUCCCAGACAGACUUUAAAAAAAAAAAAAUCCUAAGAAUAGAUAUCAGAAACAAAUUGACCUACAUUGAAAUAAUGUGGUAUACUUCAUAAAUAUUCUUUCUCAAGAGCACCUCACAGACAUGUCUGACAGCUGAUCUCUAGUUUUGUGGUUAAAUUUAUACUACAUUUAUACUGCAGGUCCUCAACAUUUCUUAUUUUAAAGUGGUUGAGUAUUUCCAUUCAGUUACACACUCCCACUAUAUGUCACAUUAUUAUUAUUUUAUAAAGUUUCCUUUAUUUUUGUAUGGCAUUAUCCUCUAAGGGAAUAAAGUUUUUUUAA